AUUAAUUUGUCAUCUAGCAUAAGUGAACGUGAGUAUCAAUCUCAUGAGGUGAUUGAUCUUCAAGAAGUACACUUUCGAAGUUACUUGAAGAACUUUUCUAAGAAUUACGACUACUACGAAUAUGAGCUACGUUUACACAAUUUCAAGGAAUCAUUAAAAGAGAUCGCACGUUUGAACCAAAACGCAGGCGCGGCACUAUACGGACUAACGAAAUUCUCCGAUAUGUCUGCGGAAGAGUUUUCAAGCCGGAUGUUAAUGAAGGAAGGCUUGAACGAUACCGGAUGCGAGGAAUAUGACAAGCAUUGUGAUGGGUUGAAUACAAGAAAACCUCGUGUAUUUUACAACAAACACUUGCCUAGUAAAUUUGAUUGGCGUGACCAUGCAGGCGUAGUGGGCCCAGUGCUGGACCAACGCGGUUGUCUCGCCUGCUGGGCCUUCAGCGUCGUGGGGGUUAUGGAGUCCAAGAUGGUCAUCCAAAAGUCGAAGUACUACCACCGUUUGAGCGUACAGGAGCUGAUAGAUUGUUCGGAUCUAACAAACCACUGUCAUGGGGGCAACGUCGCGUUUGCAAUGAAGUAUUUGUGUAGAAACAUGUUGCCCAUCACUUGGGAAGAGCGGUACCCUCUCACGCUGGAAGAUGAGAACUGCCGGUUCAAGCCUACAACUGGGGUACUGUUGGAGUCGUUUACUGUUCAUUGCAACGUACUAGCAAUGAAGAUUAUCGACUUCAUUGUCAAUGAGGGCCCUGUAACGGCCGCCGUGAAUGCUGAAAACUGGGUGCAUUAUCUUGACGGUAUCAUACAGUACCACUGCAGUUCCUCACCAUUGCGCCACGUCGUGCAAAUAGUAGGAUAUGACUUUACGACCCAGCCGCCCCACUUUAUCAUCAAGAACUCAUGGGGAAAAGACUUCGGCAUUGAGGGCUACGUAAAAAUUGCUAUGGGAAACUUUAUUUGUGGUAUUGGAAAGCAGAUUGGAUACUUGAGCGUACGUUAAUGAUAAGUUAAUACUGUAACAUCCAUGGCAAAGCGUGGUUUUUAUGAUAUCAAGUAACGGGACGAACAACUAGUGCGCCUGGUGGUAAGCGCCACGCCUAUCUAUACCAGUUGCAGUGCUAUUCAUAGCUAGUGAU